AUGGCUGAAAGUGAGCAUGCAAGUGCUAGUACGUUGGACGAGACAUGGUAAUUUACAUUUUCUCAAAAAAUCUGCAAUUUCACUUUCAGGGAUGUUGACAUGAAUGUUUCAUCCACUUUCGAUUCCGGAGUCAGCACUUUGAAAAUCACGGACGACGGAACAACUGAUCCUCUGCGUUGGCCGGUUUGUAUUACUCUCCUCUUUUUUGUUAAAUUCCGAUUUUCAGAAGCUUCUCGGCACCGCCACAAAACCAAAUCCGUUGGAUGACUGGGACCAGUUGUACAAUUUAAACAGCCAAUGUGUUCUUCGUAAUGGUAAUUCUUAUCUAAAUCCACUCAACAAUUUUUUUUCAAAGAUUGCCGGAAAUUGGCCAAGGCACUUGAAAAUAAGCGUUCGGUGCCCGAGUUGGAAUCAUUUCUGACAUUGUACUGCAAAAGACGCAAUUUGGACUACACAAAAGAUAGCGGAUGGGUUGGGGUGAGUCAUUAGAGUUCAGUUACGUGAAAGGAAAAAGUACCAAUUUUCAGAUUUUGGAAAAGAUUUUCCAAUUUGGAUUGCCUGUUUCACAAGAGUUCAACGUUUUCUUCGCGUUGACUACCAAGUACAUCCCACGAGACAUUAAGAAAGGAUCCCAGAUCUACGAUUUGUUCCGUCUGAUCCUUCAAUAUCACGAUCCUGAACUCAGGUGUUUUUUUUUUUUUCAUAUUUUAAUUGAUCAAAAGUUCAGCAAUCACCUUGAUUCGUUGAAAGUCGCCACGUAUGAUUAUGCAAAUGACUGGUUUGGCACUCUUCUUGGUUCACAUAUGAAUACAAACGCUUGUUAUGAGCUCUGGGAUAUUUACAUCGACAAGGUAUUUCUGAAACUUUUUAAAAUUAUCAUUUUUCCAUUUUAGGGUGACCCAUUUUUGAUCUUCCAUUUGUCUCUGGUUUUCAUCAUAAAUGCGCGUGAGAAACUGCUGGAAAUCAAGAAUAAUAAUCGGUAUGUUUCCAUGAGUAGUUCAAAAUGAAUUGAUGAUUUCAGCGAAGCAGCUCUGGAGUUUUUGUCCAACUUGAGCGCUGAGCUCAACGCAGAAGAUGUUUCAGACUUUGUACAACUAGCCGUUCACUAUUCAGAACGCACUCCUGAAUGUAUACGCAAGGUAAUAAUUCAAUCAAUUUUUUCAAUACAAAUCUUUGAUUCUACAGGAGUUCCAUUACCUUCUUUUUGGCGCUAAUUUUGACGAAGAAGCCGGUCAAAUACAGGUUUAUUUUUAGUUGCGUUUUUAAUAGAUAUUUUGUUUAAGGUCAGCAAGAUGCUCUGUUUGCCUGUCCCUGCCGUAGAUCUUACUGCCACGGAGUUUUUGGUAAUUUUUUUUCCUGGCUCUCGAUUUUUUGCUUGAAAUUGCGCUAUGCAGCUCAAACAUCGCGAUGAUUUAAAAAAAUUAAUUUUCUUGUCGACAUAAGAUAAAAAAAGAGUGCCUUAAAAAUCGCGGCAAAUUUUGCGAAAUCAAGGCUCUUCCUCACGCUGAAAAACAUCUUUUUAAAACAAAUUUUUACAAUUUCCCGAAAAUAUAUAACUUCAGCUGUCAACAACAACAAAAGUCAACUUCUUCGUGAUUGAUGCUCGGUCGAAUAAGGCGUUUGACCAUGGUCAUUUCCCAUCUUCUUUCAAUCUUGACUGUUCUUCAGUAUGUUUCUUAGAUCUAUUCUUCCCUUACUAAGUUAUUUUUCAGUUUGUCGAUGAACCGGAAAAGUUUGAAAUUGCUUUGAACAGCUUGGACAACUACAAGAUUAACCGGAGGGCGGAUGACCACAUUCUUUUUAUGGGAUAUGGAGACGACAAUGAAGUUGAUAUCCUACCCGAAUUUUUUGAUUUACCCAAAUUCGCUUCAGGAUCAGUACAUGCACAUGGUUAUUUCACAGUUCAUUCGUAAAAGUCGGCCUCAUGUGGCUUUUGUUCAAGGCGGAUACAAAAGUGAGUUUUUUGUUUUAUUUACAAAAUUAGAAAGCUCAAUUUCUAUUUUCAAAACUGUGCUUGACAGAAUUUUUUGCGAAUAAUCCAGAACUUCGCUUUUCUGAAUUUUUUCGAAGACGCAAUUCUAUACUUAAGGAAGCUAUUAAUUUUUUUUUCCGUGUGGUACACCGGUAUUAAUCCACGAGAUGUAAAAAUAACUUUUUUUUUUCAUUUUCAGAACUUCACGACUGUGCUUCUGAACAAAAACGAUGGGAUGUGCUAUCAAUGCAUUUCCCUGACCAAUGUGAUUAUUGUACGCAUGGAAAACAGCCGGCAGUUGGAUGGGUAUCAUUUCACUUCUUUUUUUUUUUAAGGUUAACAAUUUUCUAGAAUUUCAUGUCGAGAGUCAAGAACGUGGUUGCAUCGACGUCCAGCAAAAUGAAAGAAAAAGUCGAAGAAGUCGUUGCCCCUAUUAUGUCGAUUAAAGAGUCGCAAUCUGCAGACAACAUCCGUCAUGCUGACCCCAGAGAACGUCAUGGGAAAAGGUUUUUCAUGUUUAGAAAGACAACAGACGAUUUAAAACGGCAAAACCAAACUUUGCAAAAGAGGAAAAAAAUGAUUAUAAGAUUUUUGUAUAUGUUUAUUUUGAGUUUAUCCUAACUUUCAAACGUCAUCAAGCCUCAUAAAAUAGCAAUAAGCAUCGCGGAUCUGAUAAGUUUUUGAGGAUUAGAAUAAAAAAACCAUAUAGGUUUCAGCUUCAUCAAAAACUAAAUUAUAAGUGAUUUGUUGAAAUUUUUGAAAUAAGAACAAUUUUAAAUAUAGUUUUCAAACAGAACUGAAGCACAGGUAAAGUUUUGCCUUUUACAUAACCUAAAAAAAUAUCGUUCCUUCGACUUUCAGAUAUCGGCAACAGUCAGUAUUCACUCUCGAUGAUGGUUCAGAUGGAGAUUCUGAGUUCAGCAACGUCAAGGACGAAAAACCAAAGCAAGAAGUGCGUCUUUCCCCACCUAACCGCUGAUCUUUUUUGAAUUCUCAGAUUCUUCUCUCCGCUGAGUUUACGGAGACAUUCGAAUGCCAGGAAGUUUUCCGUGAAGAAACUGUCGGGGCUCAUUUGGCUCUGACUCGAACCCACAUUCACGUACUUCACGAUGUUCCUGGAAAGGUGUGACAACCCACCUGAAGAUCCUCUUACCCCUCUUUUUCAGAAAGGAUACGUCACAACGGAAGCUCGCCACGCGCUUUCUACUGUCAUGUCCGUCACCAGCCGCAAAACUUUACCAGAACUUCUCACAUUCAAAUUUGGAUAUGAGCAUAAUGGCGAACCAAACAUUUCAGCUGUUCACAGGUUUGUAUUGAUCUGCCAACGAAGAAAACAAUUUUAACUCCAGAUUUAUUAUUCCGAAGGCGGGCGAGUGUGCGAAGGCCGUCAAGACCGCGAUUUUUGCCCUUCGACCAAUUUCUGACCUUGACGAUGCUGCUGAAAUUUGA